GUCGCCUAGCAACCAGCUACAACAGACUACAAAGAGCACAGCGCCGACAUAGCGUUAGCCCGCGAGCUAACCAGCUAUAGUUAUACUAACGUUAGCUAAGUUAGUUAUUUGCAUGAGGAAAACCAAACAAACCUAACUGUUUUCUUUUGUUAUCUGGAAAAAAUGGUGAAACACACGAUACAGAUAUUUGGUCGUAUUAAACCCACUAAGAAAACUACGACGGUGUACUCUGUGGACAAUGAGGAGCAGACAGGUGCUUCUCUGGAGUUUGUGGUGCCCAGAGACCUGGCUGAUGGCUUUGUUAACAACAAGAGGGAGUGCUACAAGUUCAGGUUCCAAAAGGUUUUUGAUCAAGCAGUCAAACAAGAAGAGAUAUUUGAAAACAUUGCCAAACCAGUUGCAGACAGUGUAUUGGCUGGGUAUAAUGGCACCAUAUUUGCCUAUGGCCAGACGGGCAGUGGGAAGACCUUUACCGUCACAGGAGGGGCCGAGCGCUACAGCGAUCGUGGCAUUAUUCCCCGCACCCUUUCCUACCUGUUUGAACGCUUCAGCCAGGAUAGCAGUAUGGUUUACAACACACACAUCUCUUACCUGGAGAUCUACAAUGAGAUGGGAUAUGACCUUCUGGAUUCCCGGCAUGAAGCGUCUCGACUGGAAGACCUACCAAAAGUAAUGAUCAUGGAGGAUCCAGACCAGAACAUCCAUCUCAGGAACCUGUCGCUGCAGCCGUCAGCAAAUGAGGAGGAGGCUCUGAACCUGCUCUUCCUGGGUGACACCAAUCGUAUGAUUGCAGAAACUCCAAUGAACCAAGCAUCCACCCGUUCCCACUGUGUUUUCACUGUGCACCUUUGCAGGCGCGAGCCAGGCUCGGCCACCCUGCGACGCUCCAAGCUUCACCUGGUGGACCUGGCUGGAUCAGAUAGAGUUAGCAAGACUGGCCUGAAUGGGCAGCUGCUCACUGAAGCCAAGUACAUCAACCUCUCCCUCCACUACUUGGAGCAGGUGAUCAUAGCUUUGUCUGAGAAGAACCGCUCCCAUAUUCCCUACAGGAACUCCAUGUUGACCUCAGUGCUGAGGGACAGCCUUGGGGGCAACUGCAUGACUACAAUGAUUGCCACUAUGGCAGUUGACAAGAGGAACCUUGAUGAGUCCAUCUCCACAUGCCGCUUCGCUCAGCGCGUGGCUCUCAUCAAGAACGAGGCAAUACUGAAUGAAGAACUGGAUCCUGCCCUGCAAAUAGCACGCUUAAAGAGGGAGAUCCAGUCUUUGAAGGAAGAGCUGGCCAUGCUGACAGGAGAACAGAGAGAUGACCAGCUAACUGUGGAGGAGAUCCAGAAGUUGGAAGAGUUAGUCAAGACCUUUCUGGAUGACCGUGAUCCAGACGUUACACUGUCAUUGGGACCAGACAUGAGAAAAAUCCAGUACUGUUUCUCCCUGCUGAGGAUGAUGAUCAUGGACAAGCAUGGAGGAGGAAAUGGGCGCAGUGAUGGGUCACCAGCAGAAACAGUGAGGGAGGAAGUCAUUCAAGACAGCUACCACAGUGCAGCAGAGGUAACCAAACUAAAGACGAUGCUGAAGCAGCGUGAUAAUGAGAUCAGUAUCCUAGUUAAGAUGUUGAAGAAGGAGAAGAAAAGGGCCCAGGAUGCCGGAUACAGAAGCACAGACACCAUCUCUGCAGACCAUGGAGGACGAGCUAUGCAGUACAUGAAAAGAGGUCCACAGCUGUCUAUGGGGAAGCAAGAGGCCUUUGAGACCUUCAUCAGGGACCAUGAGGACCAUCUGGCCAUUGAAGACAACAAGAACCUUCUCAAACAGAGGUCAGCUGAGGCCAGAAGACUUGGGGAGCAACUGAAUGAAGCCAGAAACAGAAUCAAUGAGCUGAAGAAGAAGUUAGAGAUGCAGAGGAGGCAGAGGGCAGCUCAUGGUGUAAUGGGGAAUCACACAGAGGCCGAAGAAGAGGUCGACCCAGUGGAAGAAAACCUGUGCAAGCACAUUGAGCAUGAAAAAAAGGCUUACAAGAGUACCAUUGGCUGCCUGAAAGCAUUAAGGACGGAGAUUGAGCACCUGCAGCUGUUGUUGGAGAGGGCAAAGGUCAAGCUCCAGAAGGACUUCCAUAAGUGGUGGAGCCAGGAGGAGGCUUCCAGUGUGCAGGAAUCUGAGUCAGAGGCAGCAACCAGAUGUCGCGCAGGGUCUCCGAGUGGAACCUUGCAGCCAUCUUCACCUGGCACUCCAGGAUUUGGGGCACCUGGUCUGAGCAGUACUGUGAGAGACCCUCCACUAGGCCCAGACCCAAAUCUAAACUCUUCCACCUUCUCCGUUCAAGAUCUCAGAAGCUUCCUCCCCAAAAGUGUACCUCCUUUAACAGCUGUCCCAGCAUGGCAUGAUGAGUCCCUGGAUAGGAGGGCGACUGACUUUGCGCCUUCAUCUGAAUGGAGGGCCCUGUCCACCACAAAGCUCUCAUCCUCCUCUAUUCCCCUGACUGGAGACCAGCAGGCUGAUGCUGACAUCCAGGCCUUUGUCAGAGCCAGGCAAAACCUCCUGAACAGGACAGGUCCACCUCAGUAACAACACAAAGUUCUGAUGAAGCAUGCAUGGCCUGAAGAUAUCGGCAUCUGUCAGGUGAUAGAAUGAUCCUAAAAACAUGCAUUAGGGAGAACAAAUGGACUGACAGCAAAGAUGUGUGAAGACAGUUAUCUCAUCUGGUUCCAAAACACACAGAUUUCUCAUAAAUGUCCCCUCUGCUAAACACAAGCCACACAUCCUGUCUGAUUUUUACCUGCACACACACACACACACACACACACACACACUCAUUAUGCCAGUGAUAUAAUGGGCAGCGGUGUAAAUCACAGCCCGCGCCGGCUAUUUGAUCUGAACAAAUGUUGUCUCAAGAUAUCAGAGGAAGGAGCGCACAAUAGGAAACCAGUCGGCUCCAGUAUGUGUUUGACUUGAAUGUGUCAUGAAUUCUUAAAUGAUAACAGGAAGUGUCGACCGGCACAAUCAUAGAUGCAUUUCGUAUUUCUGUCUGGUGUCUUUUUAUUCUGACUUUAACACAUUUUAUGUAAAAUGUUGUAAAAACAUAAAUUAAAAAAAAGUAUGUAAUAUAUGUACAGUACAAUUUACCUGAUUAUUUCUGUAAAAAAAGUUUGUUUUUUAUCCAAACUAUUUAAUCAAAAUUAAAGCUGAAUGAUGACACAAUUUCAACUACCAAAAGAACUAAGAUGCCUUAACAUGUAUGAGUGUAUUAAGUUGUUUACUUUGCCCGUGUAAUUAGCACUGACAAACACAUACUGUAGUAUCAUUACACCCUGUCUGCCUGCUCUGUAUUCUGUGGGAAGCUGAGACUUAAACUCAGUAAGAGAUCUAUGAAA